ACAAAAACAAUUUUUACCUUCGUAUCUGCAUGUUUUUACCCAUAUAAAUUGGCACUAUUGCAAGUCAUAUGCCAUCAACUUAUUUUUUAUUUUUUCUAUUUUACAGGAGUCAUCCCGGUGAUCGCCAACAACGGAUGUAACGGAUGCACUGAAAGACAAAUGACCACCAUCAAGAAGUCGCUGAACUUCCUGAGGACGAAGAAGCCGGUCGAAUGGGCGAGACUCGUAAAGAUCUACGACCCGUCCGGCACCAAAUUGAACAAAUUCCUCGACGCGUAAUGGCUCCAACACAUAACAUAAUAAUAUUAUCAU